GCGGUGGCGGCUGCAGCACGUAUUGGUUACCCCGUGAUGGUUCGCUCAGCGUUCGCUCUCGGGGGUCUGGGUUCGGGAUUCGCCAACAACAGAGAGCAGCUGGUCACCUUGGUUACCGCCGCCUUCGCCCACACCUCCCAGGUCCUGGUGGACAAAUCCCUGAAAGGCUGGAAGGAGAUCGAGUACGAAGUGGUCCGCGAUGCCUACGACAACUGCAUCACUGUGUGUAACAUGGAGAACAUUGACCCUCUGGGCAUCCACACUGGAGAAUCCAUCGUGGUGGCGCCCAGUCAGACGCUCAACGACCACGAGUACAACAUGUUGAGAAAAACCGCCAUCAAAGUCAUCCGGCACCUCGGCAUUGUGGGAGAAUGCAACAUCCAGUACGCUCUGAGCCCAGAGUCUGAACAG